AUGGUUCCCAAUCAUCCCUGUCAUGCUUCUGACCUGGGGGAAGGGGUGAGACAUAAGAUUGUGGAGUCGUGGGAUCAAGAGCACAGCCAGUGCAAGUUCGCCAACUGGAAACCGAUGAAACAACGUAGUGCUUGUCUGGGCCAACAACGAGCAAAGGACCGUCUAUCGGUCGAAAAGUGCUGGGCCAAAUAUAUCGGCCAACCACAGCACAUGGCCGAAGGGUUUCUUUUCCACUCGUCUGGAGGUCAUCAACAACUUCCCUACAACAAGAAGAUGAAGAUGACCGUGGAGGUUGAAAGGCGGUGGUCUGGUGACGUCUUCGGAAUGACCUCCACUAAUGGUCAGUCCACGUCCCGCCAUACAUCAGUGGAAAUCCGCAGCCAUAGUCCGGUGCGCAGCUUCUUCGACUUUGCCCUGAAUCCGGGGAGUGUGGCCUUGGGUAUUUGGAGGGUCGCGUCCAAGGCUGUGCUGCAUAGAGAACUGCAUUCAAUCCCCAUCCACCUGGCCAACCACCACCGAACCCCUGAUUAUCGGCCAUACGGUUCCGCUGCGGCCUGUGACUGGAACGGCUACGUGCAUUGUGUUCGGAGCAAGACGUUGGAUCGAUUCCGGUUGGGUCAACCAAUUUGGAACAACCGGGAUGUCGGCAUGGCUGAUGGCGACCAUACGUUACCCACCAUCACCAUCAUCGGCAUCAUCGGCAUCAUGGCCGGUGGCAGCGCCAUAGUGCAUCGUGACUGCGGGCAAGUCAAGACGCUGCACUUAUGCAUAUCGCAGAGAGCUCCGAAUAUCGACCUCGCACUGCUGCAAUCCUGA